AAAUCGAAUUACAGCACGUACGCGGGUCUAGUGCAAGACGGGUGUUCUGUUUGUAUACUAAUGUGUUGCCGUAUUUCAUCCCCUGCCGAUCUCAGGCUCGAGGCCGACAAAUAAUCGCGGAAGCUGCCCGGUGCAGUCGCGUCCGUUUAGAAAAACGUGCGAUGGAGAAGCACGAAAAACCGCCGGAGGAGCCGGGAAAGUUGCGGCAAUUCCUGGCCGCGAUAGUCGUGAAUCAGUUGGGGGUGUCUUACGGACUCGUGAUGGGAUGGCAGUCACCGUCGACUCCGCUGCUGCAAGGUCCUUCGCCGCCCGUCGGGCACGAGCCCAUGACAGACGACGCCGUGUCCUGGUUGACCGGCACUCUGUGCCUGAGCGGCACCAUCAUGACCGUGCUGCUGUCGGUGAUACCCGACAGAUUCAGUCGGAAGAGGUUCGGCUACGCGAUAAUGUUGCCAAUAAUCAUCUCCUGGCUGCUGGUCACCUUUGCCACCGAGCACACGUACCUCUACAUAUCGAGGAUUUUGUGCGGCGUCUCUGGCGCCAGCACUUUCUUCCUCGUGCCGAAUUACGUUUCGGAGAUCGCGUGCGACAGCAUCCGCGGUAUGCUGGCUAGUAUCGUGGUAUUCUCCGUCAACUCCGGGAUACUGCUGGCUUACAUCCUGGGUGGCGUGAUGUCCUUCCGCGCCUUCCCCAUGGCCGUCAUAGCGUUAGCCAUCUUGUACUUUGUCACUUUCAUUUUCAUGCCGGAGUCGCCGUUCUAUCUGGUGCGUCGAAAUCGUGUGCGCGAGGCGAUUAGAUCCUUAAAGUGGUUGAAAGCUGGAAACAGUCUGGUGGCAGAACGUACGCUGUCGCAUAUACAGUUGCAAGUCAAGGAGACCACGUCCACGAAAUCUGCCAAGUUUUCGGAUUUACUUAGAGACAGAGCGACGAUCAAAGGACUGAUCAUUGUCCUGGGUUUGUACGUCGGCCAACAACUUUGCGGGAUCUUUGCGAUGAUAAGUAACACGGAGACUAUCUUCAAGAUGUCCGGCAGUUCGCUGACGCCGAAUGUAUCAUCUAUUAUCGUGGCGAUUAUGCAGCUCUUUGGAUCGUGGCUAGCCGUGCUCCUGGUGGAGCGUGCAGGCAGGCGGCCCUUGCUUCUCCUCUCCUGCGUAGGGAUGUGCGUGUGUCACUGCGUGAUAGGCACGUUCUGUUACCUUCAGAGCCUCCAAUACGAGGUGUCUCCCUAUUCCUGGAUACCGGUGGUGGCACUGUCCUCUUUCAUGAUAAUAUACGCUUUGGGAAUGGGCAUAGGGCCCGUCGUGAUAAUGUCCGAGAUAUUCAGCCGCGACGUGACCAGUCUGGCCUCGACCGUAUCUCUCUCUGUGAGCUGGGCAAGCGCUUUCGUCGUAACCAAGAGCUUCAGCGACCUCGUUGCUUUGUUAGACACGCACGGCUGCUUCUUCCUCCUCGCCUUCUUCUGCGCAUGCAGUUUCCUGUUCACCUUCGUGUUGCUACCGGAGACCAAAGGACGGUUACGCGAGGACAUUGUGGAUGAACUCAAUGGCGUGCGGUGUACGAAAACUAAUAAUAUUAAGCAUAUCAUUGGUUCGGAUUCAGUGCACGCGGCAUAUGUGUGAAAGUGACUUCUCUAUCUGAGGAAUCCGAACAUUAAUAACGGUAGCGAAGAUAAUUGUAAAACACACACCUUCAUCCUGUAUAUUUCGUACACAGCGGAGAAGUUUACGUAUUAUCAGUUUCUCAAAGAUCACUUCUUUUCCUGA